AUGCACAGCUCUUCUUUCUUCGUCUUCUUCAGUCUUAUUGCAUCGCUGGUGAGCGGUAUUGUAGCCACCACUCUCUACCGAGGCGAUUCACGCAGUCCCGGGACUAUCAAAAAUGCAGGAGGCUUUAAGGCCAAGGGCUUCGAUAGACCAGAAGGCACGUUGUUCCAGCAUGUGGAAACACUAUUGAAGCAUCCUUCUAGGGACCCAUUCAUCUCUACCACGAUUGACCUCGAGUUCGCCAAGGCCCAUACGGGAAACGGAUACCUUUACACGCUCGACUCUACUAAAAUCACAGAAAAGAUCUAUGACGUUGCAAAAGAGUACGAAAAAGUAGGCGAAACGUAUGGGCAUGCCAAAGAGAAGGAAUUUGCCGUUGAGCAUUUGACCCCUGGGGCCGCCGUUACUACGGUCCAGAAGAAGAGCGACGGGAAAUGGAAGACCCUCAAGAUGCCGACCAAGCGAAUGCCUGAAUUUCCCGUCGAGGAUGUAUUUGUGGAAUGA